CAAUAUUGAAAAAGGACCAAGUCGGAAAUAGCAGCGUCGCCCAACUUCUCCACUGAUCAGCGAAGCACACCAAACACAAUGCCCCCGCUGCAGCGGCCGCACAUCGACAACGAGGGCCGUUGGCACUUCUUCAAUGGCGACCUUGUCGCAUGGAAGGUAUCGUCAGACGGCGACUCUUUCACGAGUGGUCAGAUUUUCAAGGCCAAGUCGCCUCACUCGGGUAUGGGAAGAAAGUCGACAGCCACGCCGCCCUACCACACCCACCUCUACCAGACGGAGACAUUCGAUGUGCAGAGCGGUACGCUGUGCUAUCUGAUCGAUGGCAAAGAGGGAAAGCUCCUUGCUGGCCAGAAGACAAGCAUACCUCCUCACCGUCCUCAUACCUUUUGGUCCGAUCCAGAAACGGGCGAGGAUCUCAUCGUCAACAUCACUGUUCGCGGCGGACCGAAUGCCGGCUUCGAUGAAGACUUUGUGCGCAACUUCUAUGGCUACCUGUCUUCUCAAGUCAUGCAGAAGUCAGGGCCGAAUCCGUUUCAAAUGCUCCGUCUCCUUGACGAUGCCGAUGUCAUACUGGCCGAUGUACCCCUAGGACUCGGACGCUGGGUCAACAUCAUCUUCGGUCGUUGGAUCGGAGGAUAUCUUCUGGGCUAUCCCACACGGUUUAAAAUCUUUUCAGAAUAGGGCUUUAAGUUGCUUGCCUACAGGUCCACCCAAUGCCAUGAGGUAAAGAGAAGGGAGGAUUGGGAAGCUGAAGAGGCUUGGUGAUGAUGAUGAUGAGGACGGCGGUCAACCCACACGUGGCGCGUGGGGUCUGACGUCUGUCGUUGCGAUUAGAUCACAACCAAUUUUAUCCAAUUUUUGGUCUUCUGU